CGCACUUCAAGGAAGGGUCAACUCUAGACUACGGAAUAGACAUUACCCAAAUAAUUACUUCUGCAACCAUCCAAUGGCCCAUAAAUCUGGAGUAGCCAUAAUACUAGCGGCUGAGCUGGAAUUUAAAGAAUUAGAACGAAUACAGGACUCACAGGGAAGACAUCUCUUCCUUAAGGGCAUUAUAGCAGAUAAGAUAUAUACAAUAGCGACCAUCUAUGUGCCCAACCGGAGGCAGGCCCCUUUCCUCCAAAAUACUUUACAUCAACUGGAAGACUUCACAGAUGGGAUACUAUUGGUAGGAGGCGACUUUAACGCCCCGCUUGACCCAAUGCUGGAUUCCUCAACGGGUCAUAGUUGUCUUCCACAACACAGCAUCAGUUCCAUCCGACAGUCGAUGGAUGCUCUGAGACUGGUGGACUGUUGGAGAACGCUUCACCCCACGUUGAAAGACUUCACCUACUAUUCUGCCCUUCACAACCGUUACUCUCGCAUAGACUAUCUCCUCAUCACACAGGAAGGUCUCUCCCACCUACUCGGAGCCGAGAUCACACCGGCCACUUGGUCGGACCAUGGAUCGGUCUAGAUGGAACUGGACUCCCCACUGUACAGACCGAAGGCAUGGACCUGGAGACUUAAUGAAGCUCUACUGCUAGACCCGGACACCAAGGAACAAAUUCAUCAAGCAUUAGAACAAUACUUUAGAGAAAAUGACACCCUGGAGACCUUCCCAAUAUCCGUAUGGGAAGCUCACAAGAGCGUGAUCCCCGACACACUCAUACACAUUGCUUCGCAGAAGCGGAAGGCGCUCAUGCUUGAAAUGAUCGAUUUAUAUCGCUCAAUCUCGACCCUAGAGCGUCAACAUAAACGUUCCCAGCUAAACGCAGUCUACGGAGAAUUAAAGGAACACAGAAGAAAACUUAAAGACCUUAUUAUGAAAAGACAUCUCCGAUCCGUACAACGCACGAAAGGUUUUUAUUAUGUACACGCUAAUAAAGGAGGUAAAUACCUAGCGAGACUACUGAAGGGCCCCUUGCCCCAUAGGCAAAUAUGUAAGAUACGCCUGGCCUCGGGGGAGGUCUCUCCCUUCCCGCAGAAGAUUGCAGGGGAGUUUAGGACUUUUUCCGAGAACCUCUAUAAUCUGUACACACCUAACGGGGACACCGAGGCCGCGAGGAUAGAUACAGUACUUCCUGUCUGA